AGUGACAGGCUAGCAAACAGCCGGCGUGCUUUCAUUUCAUUGUGGCUUUAAAAUUGGAGCACGUUGAUACCAUCUUACUGCAGCCAAUAUUGAAAGGUUUAACGAAGUUUAGUGGUAGUAAACAACAACAUGGGUGAAUCCAUGGGAAACGUACCACCUUUCUGGAAAAAUGUUUUAGUACUUUUUCUUGUGCAACGCGUAGCACCGAAUUAAAAAACAUCUUUGGCCGAAAAAAAUUUGGAACUUGUUCAUUUAAUCGUUGAGAUCUAGUCACAUCUUUCGGUGCAUGUGUAUGACACGUAAAUUACCCAUUUCGACAAAGCAAAGAGGAUGGAUAUUUUUUUAAUAACUUUUGACAGGAACAUGACAGAGAGCUGCGCUUUUCACCGUUGGAAAGAGCCGAUGAAAAUGCAUCGAAUCAUAUGAGACAAUGGCUUUCACGCUGGUCUUUUGAUCCUGUUUAUGAUAGUUUAGUUUAAACAACGGUACGAAAACUCAUCACUUUCAUGGUGUUCUUUAAAUUUAACCGUGGCGAAUAGUUUCAAAAGUCAUUGUCUUAUAUGAUUAGAUGCGUUUUUAUUUGCUCUUUUCAACGGUGAAAACCGUAUCUCUCUACCAUGUACUAUCAAAAGUUAUUCAAAAAAUAGCAAUCUACAUCUCUCUGUCUGAAUGAGCAUUAGUCAUUCUGUGUGCCCUUCCACUAUUAUUGAUGUAGUGUUUUGUAACUCGAAUACAUGUAAAAUGAGUUCAAUUACACUCAUUUGCGUGUUUCGGAAGGAUAAUAGUCAGCCUAUGAGGGCCAAUAAGGAUAGUGAAUCUCAUUGAAUCACUGUUCUUGUCAUACAGAACAAUUUAUUUAAUAUAAAACCCUAUCGAAAGGAGAAUGUAUCCGAAUGACGAGAUCUUGAAGUACGACGAUAAUUGAUCGAUUUGUUAGGCAAGACUUGAAACUCGUGUAUGUGACGGAUUCCUUGAAUUGUUCCUAUAUAUUAACACAAUUAGACUCCUCGCAUCAAAAAAUCACAAAAUCUUUACCUGCCUACUUGAGUUUAUCUGUUCUAGGGCUGAUGACAUGGGUUUUGAUUCUUUUCACUUCACGAGCUUCGAGGUAGAACACAUGCACAGCUGGAUAUGCUUUUCCGCUGGCUUUGGUUGCUUCGAGUUGAUGCUUCUUCACGAAAUUAUAAAAAUCCUUCGAGAGGAGAGAUGAACACUUUUCGAGAGGGUUGCACAUCUCGCAGUGCACUUAAGAAAAGCACCUAAACCGUCCCCAGCACCUCUGCCAUGACCAGUCGCUGUAAAAGUCCAUGCAGCAUCCAGACCAAAGUCUGUAUUGUGAUGUGUCAAAUUAAGCAUACUCAGAUUGUUUUUGAAAUGCGCACUGGCCCCAUCACUAAUAAAAAAAAGUCAAAAUUUAAGGAUUAUUAUUUAAAAGAAUCACUGGUUUAUCAGUCUUGAGUAUCUUUUCAUUUGCUGUUGUGACAGACGUAUGACAAGCUCAUGUUGAGAGAAAGGAAUAAAACCCAAUUUUGUGCAAAAUACUCACAUGAAAUAGUUGAUCUUCUUAACGAGGGGAUAAUGAUUCUUCACGAAAUUGACGAUCAUACUUUGGGCGUCAUAGACGAAUGCUGUGGUAUGCUCCGUACAAUCGCUAACAAUAGCCAUACCUUGAUGCUCUGUUCCGAUGAUUAGAUGUACGGUAAAGAGAGUGGCUUGAUUUUGAGAAAAGAAACCCUGUUGAACUUCACGCUGACGAAUGAGGGUAUAAUUCAUGGAGAAAUCGAUCUGUGCGAUGAUGAAGUUCUUGUUAGUCGAUUGUGUUCGAAGAUAAUUGACGUAUUUUCGUUGUUGUCGAUUGUAAUAGGUAUGUUGAAGAAAAUGAGGCCAUUGCUCUUCAACUUCACUUAGCAGAGAAUCGAGAGAACCAGUCACUUUAUGAAGAUCGAAUUUGGUGUUCAGUUUUCUCCAAAUGGUCCAUGAACAUUCUUCAUCAACGUCGAUUUCGAUGUGCUCAGUGAGAAUGUUUGCGAGUUGUACUGUUGGACAAUUAUCGCAUUCACCAAUGUAGCAAUCUUCCGUUUCGACAGAGCAGAUCAUUCGACGAACGAGAUCAUUCAUAGUGAAUUUCUCAGCUGUUGAUAUAGAAGAUUGCUUCGAUAUCCGUUGGUAGUUUUCGUUCCAUGCCUGCAAAAGAAUUUCAAACAUCACUGACUCACUUGAAGUAGCAAAUGCAUAUUCUCGUGAUAAAUGCACAUCCAUGUUUCGUGAGGUGCGACAAUCUUACCGUUUCGAGGUCGAAGUGAAUGGAAAAUGGAGCGGCCAACGAGAUCAGGAUGCCGUCUGUCGAACUCUCGAAAAGCAUCGAGGACAGUCAUUUCCAUGAAACGAACAGCAACUGGUUUCUUCUUGAUUUGAAUGACAUCCUUUGAAUUUGCUGAAAUGCGACUGAUGCCAUCUUCUUGAUAGAAUUCGAUGACAGUAGUGAUUGUUUUUUCAGAGAUUGACGUGUUGUCACGAAGAUAUUGAGGAAAGGCGAAGACUCGGUUGUUAUCUCGAAGCUGAACCGCCUGACGUGCAUGACGCUCUGUUGAUUGAAACCUAAUAGAAAAAAACAGAAAAUAAUCAAACAGAACCACCGUUCAGGCCGACCCGAUUCACGCGCCAUCUUUCAGUUUUUGUACGACCCCAGUUUUUCGGGGCAAUGGUCAUCAACCGUUACCAGUUAUUGACAUGUAUGUCAAUAACUGACUAUUAACAAUUAAUCAGGAAUUCGAUGCAUAUGAAUCGAUUGAGUCACAACGUCGUAAAUGGGCUGUGGCAUUUCUUUCUGACGAAGUAUUGAAGCGGUAUACUCGUCAAUUAAUUAAAUUUGAAACAUGGAAUGAUUUACAAAAUGCAUUGCAAGAUAAUUUUCCAUCACUACCCGAACUAUCACAAUUUCUCAGACAUCGGCAAAUUCUCUUAAGAAAACAAGCUGACACAGAAGAAACUCUUACUCAAUAUUAUGGAGAUAUGACCAAGUUAUGUACACACCACAAUCCAGUAAUGACCAAUGCAGAACGUAUCGAUCGAUUAAAGUUGGGCAUGAACACAUCGUUAUUGAAUAGAUGUUCUAGAAAUCAAAUUAAACCAUCAACAGAAAAAAUUCAAGGUAUUGUUGAAUUAUCACCGCCAAAACCUUUAAACGAAGCUAAUGAAUUUAUUGGAAAACUGAACUGGUACCGCAAGUUUAUUCCAAAUUUUGCUGAGAUUGCAGCCCCUAUUCAUAAAGCUUCUUCUAACAACAGAGCUCAAGUUUUAAUGGAAAAUGUUAUUCUCGUUCCUGUGGCGCCUGAUAAAAUCAUCACUGAUCAAGAGCAGCAUUUCAACAGUGAAUUAACAGCAGCGAUGUUGGCGUUUAUCGACUCGAAACACGUCUUUUCGACUCCACAUCAUCCCCAAAUCAAUGGUCAAACCGAACGUUUCAAUGCUACAUUUGCAACACAGUUAUCCAAAUAUUGUGAUGAGGAAAAAUCAAAUUGGGAUCUUUAUUUGCCAUCUAUCGUCUACGCCUAUAAUCGUGCUCAACAUCGUUCUACGGGGUUCACUCCGUACCAGCUGGCCUUUCCUCGUAUACCUCGUAAUUCAUUUGAUCGUCCGCAAACACAAUUCAAAUUCUCACGUCCUAAUGAUUAUUGGACUGAACUUCGAAACGAUUGCUAA